AUGACAAAAAGUGACAAAGAAAUGUUUCGUUAUUCUGGAAACGAGACGAAAGAACAGGAUAGCAUACAGCCGGACAACUCAAUUCAAGUAGACGAUUUAUUGUUAGCAGCAAGUGUUGCAGCGACCAUUUUCAAUGUUUUAGUAAUUUUCUGUGCUAUAAAAUUAUUUCGGCGAAGUGGCGACACGAUGCAUUUAUUCAUUAUCAGUAUGAGUAUCGGUGAUUUAUUACUUACAGUAUUUUGUCAUCCAAAUGAAUUCUUAAUUCGCAAGCAUGAAUUCCUGCGACAUGCACGCUUAUGUGCAAUAACUCAUUUCUGCAAUUGGUUAGGCUUGGCAGUAUCAGGUCUAUCACUAACAAUGCUUAACAUUGAUAAACUCAUUUAUUUCCAAUGGCCGCUAAGCUACGACCGUGCAAUGUCGAAAAAAAGAGCUUCCAUUUUAUGUGUUUUCAUUUGGAGUAUUUCAGUAGGAUAUGUGACGUGGGUUUGGGUGUUCAAUGUUGUUUACAUUGGCAAAAACUGCAAUUUGCAAAUGACCAGUGAUCAAAUGUAUUUUUACGACAUGUUUAUGGUAACCUAUUGCGUAUUGCCAGUGACUUCAUCCCUAAUUGUUAGUGGUUAUUUAUAUCAACUUACUCGUGAAAAACGCCAUAAUGGAGCUUCUGUUGGACAGUCCCAAAAGUUUAAGAAUAAAAUGAAAUCACUGGUGUUUAUUUUCGCCACAACAGCAUGGACAUCAUUCAGUUUAUUACCGUAUCGCAUUUUCAACAUCUGCCGAAUGCACCUGUUCGAAUGGAAUACUUUAGACUGCGACACACAAUCCAAAAUGAAUUGGCUUGCUUAUGUAUUGCUUUACCUGCUUUUCUUGAAUCCGAUAAUCAAUCCCUUGAUAACCGCACUAAUAUAUGCACCGUACCGAGUAACAUUGAAGCGAUUUUUAUUCAGCAUUCCUGAUAGAAAUCAUCCCUUAUAUAGCUGUCGUGAUAACCACACUGAUUUAAGCUAUACAUGGGUUAGUAACAGACGAUCUCGAGGAUGUCGUGAGUCGGAGAUAACUUUGGGUCGUGAAAUGGUGAAUUUGAAUCUAAAAGCGGAGAUUGAAAAAUACGUCAAUACCAAUAGCGAAACACAUCGAAAACGAUGCAUAUCCUUCCUACACAAUAUUUUGAAGUUAAGCAAAGAACGGACGAUAACAGACAUGAAAAAAGACAUAUUUACGGAGUUUAGACUGCCUACUAUGAUACCUAGUACUGUCAGUAAAUAG